AUGGUGGUCGGAGGAACGUACGGUCUGUUCCUGGUGGGCCUCGUGCUCUCUCGCGCGCUGGCGUUGCCCUACCCUCCUGUCAGUUCGACUGAGAGCGCGGACUAUGCUGGUGACGAGGCCGUCGAUAUUUUUCUCCGUCAGACCAGGAAACACGCCAGGCCCAUGUUCUACAUAAAUUGCGGCUAUCGCGACCUGUGCUACUGCUACAGCAAAGUCACAAGGCACCACUACUGCUGUUCCUGUGACGUGGGCGCCUGCUUCCCCGCCUACGCCCGCGUAUCUACUCCCGGAGGCGCCCACACCACCAUGGAGCGCCUCAGGACCGGAGAUAAGGUGUUGGCUGUUGACGAGUCAGGCCAUGUAGUGACGUCAACGAUCCUGGGGUUCAUGGACAGGCGACCAAAGGAAACAGCCCUCUACGUUACUCUACGCACAUCCAUUGGACGGAAUCUCACGCUCUCGCCCAAUCACGUACUUUUCAAGAGCUCGCCGAAUUCAAGCCAGCCAAUCAGCGUGUUUGGAUCAGAUAUCAACAUCGGUGACGUCAUUUAUUCUGCCAAUGAGACGGGACUUCAACGAACAGAGGUUGUGGGGAUUGAUCACGACAUUACUAUAGGGGCGUACGUGCCUUUGACGAAGGAGGGGACGUUGGUGGUGGAUGGCACCUUCGUCUCCUGCUACGCCUCCUACCGGCACUCCCUCGCCCACGUCUUCAUGGCACCCGUCCGCUCCUUCCCACUCCUUUUGCGACCUCGCCCCGGCUUGCUCCUCUCCGUGGCUUCCUUCGCCAGGGACUCCGCCGUCGACGCGAUGGGCAGCUUCCUCGACCUCCUAGGCGCGCUUUCGGGAACCAGCCAGGGCGCGAACCUCCUAGGCUUCCCAGCUUGGUCGUCGUCAGGAGCCACUUUGAAGCAGAACAGAAGCCUCGAAGAACUUCUCGUGGAGGAGGGAGAAGGGGAGUCGUAUUACGUGAGCCUGGUGAAGCUGGUCGGCUGGACGGCCUUCCGCGGCGAGAGGGCCCCCGAGCAAGUCUUGCAGGUCAACCCACAGCCGGAAGGCGGUCUGCUGCAGGCCAUGAAGAUUCGAUCCAUGUUUUCCAGCCUCCCGUCGCUCUUAGGGGCCCUGGCCAAGUCCUGGUAA